UGCAUGCUGGGAGCGCCGGAGGAGCCCCUCUUCGUGCGCGAUGUUGGCGAGCGCGGUUGCGCGGGGGGAGCCUCGAGACAAAGGAUACAUCUGGGGGUCCAAGGCUGAGGGAGAACCAUCUGAAGUAUCACUGGAAAAAGCUGAGGAGCAGAUGCAGGAGCAGAAACUGAGGAGUCAAGAUGGAGCAAAGAGACAAGAGGAGCGACAGACGCACACAGGGGAAAAACCUUAUCAAUGUUUCGAGUGUGGAAAGAGCUUCAGGAAGCGUUCUGCCCUUACUUCGCAUCAAAGAAUUCACACAGGGGAAAAACCUUAUAAAUGUUUGUUGUGUGGAAAGGACUUCCGUCGGAGUGACAGCCUUACAAUGCAUCAAAGAAUUCACACAGGGGAAAAACCUUUUAAAUGCUUUCAGUGCGGAAAGACCUUCAGUGACAGUAGAAACCUUUCUUCCCAUCAAAGAACUCACACAGGAGACAAACCUUAUAAAUGCUUGGAGUGUGGAAAGAGCUUUAGUCAGAGUAGCACCCUUACUUUGCAUCAAAGAAGUCACACAGGGGACAAACCUUAUAAAUGCUUAGAGUGUGGAAAGAGCUUCAGUCAGAGUAGCCACCUUACUUUGCAUCAAAGAACUCACACAGGGGAUAAACCUUAUAAAUGCUUGGAGUGUGGAAAGAACUUUAGUCAGAGUAGCACCCUUACUUUGCAUCAAAGAAGUCACACAGGGGACAAACCUUAUAAAUGCUUGGAGUGUGGAAAGAGCUUUAGUCAGAGUAGCCACCUUACUUUGCAUCAAAGAACUCACACUGGGGACAAACCAUAUCAAUGCUUUCAGUGCGGAAAGAGCUUCAGUCAGGGUAGCCACCUUAAUUUGCAUCACAGAACUCAUACAGGGGAGAAACCUUAUAAAUGCUUUGAGUGUGGAAAAAGCUUCAGUAACAGUAGCGGCCUUUCUUCGCAUCAAAGUAGUCACACAGGGGACAAACCUUAUAAAUGCUUGGAGUGUGGAAAAAGCUUCAGACACAGUAGCGGCCUUUCUUCGCAUCAAAGAAGUCACACAGGGGACAAACCUUAUCAAUGCUUGGAGUGUGGAAAGCGCUUCAGUCAGAGUGACCACCUUACAAGGCAUCAAAGAAUUCACACAGGGGAAAAACCUUAUAAAUGCUUGGAGUGUGGAAAAAGCUUCAGUAACAGUAGCGGACUUUCUUCGCAUCAAAGAACUCACACAGGGGACAAACCUUAUAAAUGCAUGGAGUGUGAAAAAAGCUUCAGUCACAGUAGCGGACUUUCUUCACAUCAAAGAAGUCACACAGGGGACAAACCUUAUAAAUGCUUGGAGUGUGGAAAGAGCUUCAGUCAGAGUAGCCCCCUUACUUCGCAUCAAAGAAUUCACACAGGGGAAAAACCUUAUAAAUGUUUGGAGUGUGGAAAGGACUUCAGUCAGAGUGACCACCUUACAAGGCAUCAAAGAAUUCACACAGGGGAAAAACCUUUUAAAUGCUUGGAGUGUGGAAAGGGCUUCAGUGACCGUAGCAACCUUACUUCUCAUCAAAGAACUCAUACAGGGGACAAACCUUAUAAAUGCUUUGAGUGUGGAAAAAGCUUCAGUGACAGUAGCGGCCUUUCUUUGCAUCAAAGAACUCACACAGGGGACAAACCUUAUCAAUGCUUGCAGUGUGGAAAGGACUUCAGUCGGAGUGACCACCUUACUUCGCAUCAAAGAAUUCACACAGGGGAAAAACCUUAUAAAUGUUUGGAGUGUGGAAAGGACUUCCGUCGGAGUGACAGCCUUACAAUGCAUCAAAGAAUUCACACAGGAGACAAACCUUAUAAAUGCUUGGAGUGUGGAAAAAGCUUCAGUGACUGUAGCGGCCUUUCUUCACAUCAAAGAAUUCACACAGGGGACAAACCUUAUAAAUGCUUUCAGUGUGGAAAGGACUUCAGUCGGAGUGACCACCUUACCUCGCAUCACAGAACGCAUACAGGGAACAAACCUUAUAUGUGCUUGUAGUGUUGAAAGACCUUUUGUCAGAAUAGCUACCUUCAGGCACAUCAAAAGAUCCUUUUAAGGGAAGAGAUGUAUAAAUGCUUUGAAUGUGGAAAGUACUUUAAGCAGAGUUCUGCUCUUUCUCUGCAUCCAUAUGGGGAAGCCGGGCUUCAAACAGGAUUUUUAUGGAGAGUUUCAGACCCGCGACAAUGUUCUUCUCUUAGCUUAACCACAAACUGUUCCACUUCCCUUCACCCCAUGCCGUGGAGUUGGAAUCGUGGAGUGGGAGUCGGAAGCAAUUUUGGGUGGAGUUGGUAGAAAUGUACCGAGUCCGACUCCGGCUUCAAGAUAAAAUUAAUAUUUUAAUAGAAUAGUUACAGGAAGCAUGAAAAUCAUGAUAAUCGUGGCAGAAAGUGGGAUUCUGGGUGUGGUUAUUUUUCCCGUCCCCUUCAAGGGUGAAAUAAUGUUUGCAUUUACUUACACCAACCUUUCUUUCCUUUGGUCUUGUUUCCCAAAAAACAGAACUCACCCAAUCUUGACAGGACAUACCAAACCCCAUUUUAUUGGACCACAGGGGCUAAGUCCGAGGUUGGAUUUGCACUUAACCAUUUCCAUUCCAUUGGCAUAAAAAUGGGGGCCGUAUCAGUGAGGUUCUCUUCAUUCAAAGGGAUUGGUACAAGGGCAACGCCUCCCUCCCCAUGGAUAGGGAGUAGGGAGCAUAUCCAACAGUUACUCACACUAGAGUGAAUGAGACCAACAUGUAUAUAAAGAAACACCCCUUUCCCCAUUUUCCAGUAUUAUUUUGGCUUGUCUCUGCAGGCAACUCUUCAAGAUUCCAUUGUCACUUAUCUUCCUCAGUCCAGCAGGAGUUUUAGGGUGAGAAACACGAGCCAAAUUCCACUGUAGCACUAGAACACCUCUUCCUUUCAGUGUCUAAGGUGCCUGGGAAUCCAGGUGCCACAAUGAGUGUGGAAGAUACAAGGUCAACAGGGAAAUUGUUUCAUGGGUCAAAGUCACAACUGGUUCAGCUCAGCUCCGUUCUUGCGCUGUGACACUUGUGCAGUUGUUUGCACCUUGCAGGCAGAAUGGGCCAUCAGCAUCACUUGAUAUGGACCUUGCCACCAAUCCCCAGGGAGAGUGGGAUGACCAGGCUCCAUGAGGGGCUCUGGAACGGCCUCUUUGACCUAUGAAUGCAAUCUUCUAACAGCCUCAAUUAAUACACAUCAGUACUUCCAUAAGGCUUCAACCUCUAACUUUAACGUGGAAGGAUGAGAGAGAAAAGGUGGUGAAUGGGGCGUGCACAUGGGCCAUGCCAUCAAAAUCUCUACGGAGACAAUUCAUGCUCACGGCUAGCAGUGCUGGAAGUGGGGCAAGAGCCACUGCUGUUUUUGUUCUUAUGCUUCUGGAGAUAGAGUGAGGGUCUUCAGCUGGCUAGGCUUGCCUACCUUUACCUGUGCUGUGCUCUGACUUGUGUUGCGUUGCAGACUGAUUUGUCUGCACUGACCGGCAGCAUCACUCUGGCAUUUCAGAGAGGGAGCCUUUCUCACCCUUUGUGGUACUGCUGGGGACUGACCUGGACUGAUCCUUAAGAAUGAUUAUUUCUUUUUCUGGACUGACUAUGCUCUAGACCAGUUGAUCAUGGAACAGUUAUAAGAACAUAAUCAAGCCCAUCUAGUCCAGCAUUCUCUUCUCACAGUGGCCAACCAGGUGCCUGGGGGAAGCCCACAAGCAGGACCCGAGUGCAAGAACACUCUCCCCUCUUGAGGCUUCUGGCAAUUUGUCUAAUCUUCUUUUAAAACCAUCAAAGCUGGUGGCCAUUACUGCACCUUGUGGGAGCAAAUUCCAUAGUUUAACUAUGCGCUGAGUAAAGAAGUACUUCCUUUUGUCUGUCCUGAAUCUUACAACAUUCAGCUUCUUUGAAUGUCCCGAGUUCUAGUAUUAUGAGAGAGGGAGAAGAACUUUUCUCUAUCCACUUUCUCACUGCCAUGCAUAAUUUUACACACUUCUAUCAUGUCUCCUCUGACCUGCCUUUUCUCUAAACUAAAAAGCCCCAAAUGCUGCAACCUUUCCUCGUAAGGGAGUCGCUCCAUCCCCUUGAUCAUUCUGGUUGCCCUCUUCUGAACCUUUUUCAACUCUAUAAUAUCCUUUUUCAGAUGAGGUGUCCAGAACUGUACACAUUAUUCCAAAUGCGGCCGCACCAUAGAUUUAUACAACGGCAUUAUGAUAUCGGCUGUUUUAUUUUUAAUACCUUUCCUAAUUAUCCCUAGAAUGGAAUUUGCCUUUUUCACAGCUGCCGCACACUGGGUCGACAUUUUCAUCCUGCUGUCCACUACAACCCCGACGUCUCUCUCCUGGUCGGUCACCGCCAGUUCAGACCCCAUGAGCGUAUAUGUGAAAUUCAAUUUUUUGGCUCCAAUAUGCAUAAUUUUACACUUGUUUAUAUUGAAUUGCAUUUGCCAUUUUUCCGCCCAUUCACUCAGUUUGGAGAGUUCUUUUUGGAGCUCUUCGCAAUCCCUAUUUGUUUUAACAACCCUGAAAAAUUAACUGUCGUCAGCAAACUUGGCCACUUCACUGCUCACUCCCAAUUCUAGGUCAUUAAUGAACAAGUUGAAAAGUACAGGUCCCAAUACCGAUCAUUGAGGGACUCCACUUUCUACAGCCCUCCAUUGGGAGAACUGUCUGUUUAUUCCUGCUCUCUGUUUUCUGCUUUUUAACCAAUUCCUUAUCCACAAGAGGAUCUCUCUUAUUCCAUGAUUGCUAAGCUUGCUCAGAAGUUUUUGGUGAGGUACCUCGUCAAAAGCUCUUUGAAAGUCUAAGCACACUAUGUCCACUGGAUCACCUCUAUCUAUAUGCUUGUUGACACUCUCAAAGAAUUCUAAUAGGUUACUGAGACAGGACCUUCCCUUGCAGAAGCCAUGCUGGCUCUUCUUCAGCAACGCUUGCUCUUCUAUGUGCUUAGUUAAUCUAGCUUUAAUAAUACUUUCUACCAGUUUUCCAGGGACAGAAGUUAAGCUAACUGGCCUGUAAUUUCUGGAAUCCCCCCUGGAUCCCUUUUUGAAGAUUAGCGUUACAUUUGCCACUUUCCAGUCCUCAGGCACUGAGGAGGACCUGAGGGACAAGUAACAUAUUUUAGUUAGCAUAUCAGCAAUUUCACAUUUGAGUUCUUUGAGAACUCUCGGGUGGAUGCCAUCCGGGCCCGGUGAUUUGUCAGUUUUUAUAUUGUCCAUUAAACUUCCAAUGUGAAGACAGAUGCAAAGAAUUCAUUUAGCUUCUCUGCAAUCUCCUUAUAGUUCUUUAGUACACCUUAGACUCCAUUUUCAUCCAAGGGUCCAGUCGCCUAGCUAGAUGGUCUCCUGCUUUGAAUGUAUUUACAGAAUUUUUUGUUGUUGGUUUUUAUGUUCUUAGCCAUGUGCUCCUCAAAUUCUUUUUUAGCAUCCUUUAUUGUCUUCUUCAAUCUCUUUUGCCAGAGUUUGUGUUCCUUUUUAUUUUCUUCAUUUGGACAAGACUUCCAUUUUCUGAAGGAAGACGUUUUGCCUCUAAGAGCUUCCUUGACUUUGCUCAUUAAGCAUGCUGGCAUCUUCUUGGCCCUGGUGUUACUUUCUCUGU